UGUUUUGGACUGACUGGGGUGUCAAGUCUAAAAUAGAAAUGGCUGACAUGGAUGGUUCGAACAGACAUUUGUUUCUCUCGCUUCCAAAUGGAACCUGGCCGAAUGGUCUAGCUAUAGACACAAAAGUUAAAACGGUUUAUUGGGCAGAUGCAAAACUACACAGAAUUGAAUCUAUAUCAAUGGAUAAAAGUUCUAGAGCUGUUAUUUAUCAAUCACUAACGGCUCACUAUUUUAGUAUUGUUCUGAUGGGAAAUCACCUUUAUUACAAUGACUGGACUGAACCGUACAUUAGUCGUAUGACGAAAGCAGGUUCGCUUCUGGAACAGUUCGGGCCAUCUGUUUUGCAGAGAUCGUAUGGAAUGUACGCCUACAAUUACACCGAGAUAACACAAGGUUCCAGUGUAUGUGAAAUUUCUGAUUGCCAACAACUGUGUUUACCAAAACAGCUAGGACAACAUACUUGUGGAUGUAAAAAUGGUUAUAGUUUAAGCAGUGACAAGAUCAGCUGUCAGAUAGAUAAUAGUAAAAUAAUAAUCAAACCUCUGACAGUUCCACAUAAUGUGACAGAAGGGAGACAACUUGAAAUACAAUGUGAAUUUAACACAACCUCAGUAAUACCAUCAAGUGGUUAUAGCUGGCGGAAGAACGGAAUCAGGAUUCCAGGUCAAAGUUCAUCAAUUUACAGACUCCAGAGAGUUCAGAGAUCAGAUGACGGAAAUUAUACCUGUGCCGUGGAUAUUGACGGCAGUACAAUUACUGCUACAAUAAUUCUUAAUGUCUUAUAUCCACCGAAUGUAACCGUACCACUGGAAAUGAAAGUUAUCGAGAGUACCACAUUGUCUAUAACUUGUACAGCAGUAGCUAAUCCGAGUAUUUUUAGCUUUAAAUGGACUGGUCCCAAUGGCCAAGACCUAACUAAAUAUGAUUUUGAAGCAACAACACAUACUACUUUAACGAUGCCAUAUAUAGGCAGAACUAAAUCUGGUGAAUAUUCGUGUACUGCUUCCAGCACCAUGAUAGAAUCGCCAGCUCCUACUCGCCCAAUAACUGCCAGAUCAUCAAAGAUAACAAUCGUUCACAUUUUAUAUGCACCAAAAGACGAAUCCUCACAUGAAAUUGUAAAUGUUACUGUGAACUCAAACGUGAUGUUGAAUUGUUCAGUCGACUCUAAUCCACAGCCAUCUAGUUACAAGUGGUAUUCUCCUGGUGGAACUGUUAAAUUAUCUACGAGAGAUCUACUGAUAUCAAACAUUCAGAAAACUGAAGGUGGAGACUAUAGAUGUGAAGCUGUCAUAGUAUUAGUACCAACGGAGGGUGAACCUAUAACAAAAAUGUACACACAUAUCACCACCGUCAAUAUAUUAUGUGAGUAA